UGACAUGACAUGUGUAUUUGUUAUUUAAAACAUUUGUUUACAAAACAUUAUAACGAAAAAGUAUAUUUAAAAUGUCGAAACAAAUUAAUAAAUUACCACCAAAACAGAGAAAAACUAAAGGUUUAUCUAGAGAGGAGCUUAUGAAUAUGGAUAAAAAUGAAUUAGUUGAUAGAAUAAUACAGUUGGAAGCUCACACUACGCAACUUAAAAAUAUAAUAAGCAAAAGUGAACCAGUUACAGAGAAUAUACAGGGUUACAAUAAUCAAAGAAAAUUUGAUUUCACGAAGUGUAACUUCCGACGGGUUCUGCUACAUAUAAUAUACUUCGGCUGGGAUUACCACGGGCUGGCCGUCCAAGAGGAUUCAACGCACACAAUUGAGCAUUACCUCUUCAACGCCCUCGUCAAGUCGUGUCUCAUUGAGAGUAGAGAACAGUCACAGUACCAUCGAUGUGGAAGGACAGAUAAAGGCGUCAGUGCCUUCGGACAGAUAAUAUCUAUAUCAUUACGGAGCAAACUGGAACCGUCUUCAACCGACUACUCAUCCGAGAUCCAAUACUGCAAGAUCCUUAACAGAUUGUUUCCGAGGGAUAUUAAAGCGGUAGCCUGGAUGCCCAUCCCUGAUGAUAGACCAGAUUUCAGUGCAAGAUUCGACUGUAAGGGCCGGCAGUACAAGUACUAUUUCCCGAAAUCUAAUCUCAAUAUAACCGCUAUGAGGGAGGGCUGUCGCCAGCUCAUCGGUUCACACGACUUCCGCCACCUCUGCAAGAUGGACGUGGGGAACGGCGUCACUGAGUUCACAAGGCGCGUUGUAUCAGCUGACAUUAUAGCUCUGGAUAAGGAUUGCGAACAGACAACAUCGAUGUACGCGUUAGUGAUAGAAGGUAAUGCGUUUCUGUGGCAUCAGAUCAGGUGUAUCAUGGGCGUGUUGUUGCUCGUGGGCCAAGGACACGAGAGCCCGGGUAUCAUAGCCGAAUUACUGGACGUCGAAGCAAAUCCACGCAAACCUCAAUACAAUAUGGCUCUGGAUUUGCCGUUGAACCUGUUCCGCUGCAGAUAUGAUGUGAAGAGCCGCUGGGUUUAUGACGACGAGGAGCUCAAAUACAUCAUCACCAACUUACAGGCGGACUGGACCUUGUAUAAUGUCAAAUCCACCAUGAUAAAAGAUGCUGUGGAACAUUUGGAAGGUGUCCUAUAUGACUUGAGCAAGGAGGGGAAAAAGUGUGACAGAGACGGAGAAUAUAACGACCUUGGAAGGAGAGAGAUGCAAGAUAAGGAAGAUGUAGCGUUAGAGGGCGACCAAGAUAAAAUAUGUGACAGAGACAGAAAUUUAGUAGAGUUGGGAGAGAACGAGAAAGAAGAUGAUAACAAUAAGUGCGAGAGAGACAGGGGAUUAAAAGAGUUGGAAGGGAAAGAGACGGGAGAUAGAAUAAUAUCGCACGCAGAAUGCCUGCUACAAGGAGUCAAACCAAAAAUAUACACACCGCUGUUGAAAAGACAAACCUGCUCGAGUCUGCAGGAACGAUUGCAAUACUACAGGAAGAAAAGGAAAGUGGGGAGCGGUUCUGAUGAUGAAGAAAUAAAAUAAAAUAUGCCACAUUAUA